AAUUGCAGGGGGGCGAAUUCUGUCAACAGUGAAGAUGCAUUUGAUAAAAGGCCGAAGCAAUGGGGAUCCUUUCUGUCGGGCAGUAGAGGAAGUUGUACAAGAUUUGGAUUUGAAGAUUAAAAAUAUUAUCGAUUCACAACAUGAAGUCUUGACUGCCAGCACUACUGGAGUCAGUCCAGCACGGCCGAAAUUGCAUUCCAUAAAUCAUGGCACUGCGUAUUGUGGCAGAGAUACUAUAAAGGUCUUACUAGCUCUUCUGGAUGAGGAAGCUGUCAAUCCUCCUACCCAGAACAAAGCGGAACUAUUAUAUGAUGAUGAAAGCUUAAACUUGUUUGGAGUCACCUCUGUUUUGACACUCUUCAGAUCUCCAGCACAAUCCAAUGGAUCUUCUCCAAAACCUCUUAGACAACGUAUUCAGAGAUCUAUGGAUGAAAAAAAAAUUAAGAUGAAGCAAUCUUCAAUCAAAUCUCAGUUUGCAUGUACAUAUAAAAAUGAGUUGAGUGAAAUAAAGGGUCAGCAUUUCCUCAGCAGUAGCCAAAUUCCAACCUACAUACAUCCUGCACCAAAGCAACAUUUAAAAGCUGGAUAUGUCACAGAAGGUAAGAAUUCAUGUCUUGAUGUACCAGUGCUUGGAACUAUUUCUGAAAAUGUUCACCAGACUAGAAGUUACACAGAAAUGGGAAAGCCGAGUUGUCAGCCAAGAAAUAAGAACUCCAAGAAUGAACAGAUGGAUCUGAAUAAUGACAAAGUAGUCUGUGAUAAGGAAAGUGAACUAUCUUUGCAAAAAAAUGCUAAAAGACCUAAGACUUUAAGCAACCCUCAGAAGGAACUGGACAGCAAAACUGGUGGAAAAAGAAAACAUGGCAAAACUGCAAGCAAGAAUAAGUUGAUUGCUGGCCAGGCAAAAUUAACUCACUUUUUUCGUCUGUAA